AUCAAAUGAUUAAUCGCUGCCAUACCUACGCAUUUGUAUUUUGGUUUGUCUUGUAAUAAAAAUUCGGUUAAGGACACAAUAAGUAUGGCGGCAGCGAUACAGCAAAGACAGCAUUGUGGGGAAGUUUUUAUAACGAAUAACUACCUCAUGAUGGUGGAGUGCAAGUUUUGUUGUGAGCAAUUCACCGCUUAUGACAAGUUCUUGAACCAUAUCUUCAAUCAACAUUUCGAUGAUGUUGAUAAAUUUAAUGGAAAUGUAGAUGAAUCGACGGAAUAUGAUGACGAAAAUAUCCUAAACACGUUGGAUACAGGUGAAUAUGAUAUGAAGUUUAUUGGCAUGUUGACGGGAUGUAAUGAGGCCCUGAAAACAAAUGACAUAAACGAGAGUAAACAUUCUGCUGAAGUUAGCCUGCCCGAAGACAAAGAGAAGUUAGAUGGUAGCUAUGUGUCCACAGAAAUAACUCUGUGUCCAUCUAAAAUAAACAACAAAAACGGUACUAGUCAGACAAAGGGAAAUACACACCCUAUGAAAAAUCCUGGUAAGGAUCCCAUAAGCUCCAAGUAUCGACCAGUUGCUAUUAAAUAUCGUACGUUUCCUGAAGGAGAAGAUAGAAAAUUUAAGUGCAGGAUAUGUGGCUAUGCAUUUGCACAAAUGCACAUUUUGCGCAGUCAUGAAAAACGGCAUUCCACAAGCAAACCUUUUCCCUGUACGAAAUGCAAUAAACGAUUUUUCACACGCACUGAAUUGGAUACACAUAUUAGAUGGCACACCGGUGAGCGGCCGUUUGUGUGCACCUAUUGCGGGAGCGGUUUCAUAACUAAUGGUGCGUUAAAUAUUCAUGAAAAACGUCAUCAGGAUAAACGAAAUUACAAGUGUGAUGAAUGUGGAAAACGCUUUUUUGAUGGUUACCAAUUGCGUACACAUGCUGUGGUACAUACGCGGGAACGUAAUUACAAGUGCGAACAGUGCGAAGCCACAUUUACCAGGGUCAAAUCACUGCGAAAUCAUAUGAAGUUGCAUGAAAAUGCUUUACGGUACGAAUGCAACAUUUGUAAUAUGCGCUUUAAUCAGAAACCUUCCUUAAUAUGGCAUGAAAAGAGCAAGCAUGCUAUAAUGCGGGGCGGAACCAAUGGAGCAAGUAAGGUUCCGGACGCGGGAAUAUAUACGGAAGUGGCUAAUAUCUCCGAGACAGAGGACGAAAGUAAGCGUUGCGAUUUAGAAUUUGAAGACGCCGAUGCGAAUACGAUAACGACGGUAGAGGCACUCUAGGAGACAGAAAGUGACACGGUGGUGGAAUUUCCUUCGAAAUAGCGUGACCGAAAAGGUGUUAUUGGUAAGAAUACCACAUAUACACAUAUGUAUGUAGGACAUUAAGCUGGGUCUAUCUAGAGAUCGACGCCCGAAAUUGCUUUCGAAGUACAACAAUGGGUCUAUAUUAUGAUAUAUUGCGCCGCUUUAAUGAAAAUAUAUGUAUAUAUACAUACAUAUGUCAAUUUGGAAACAAAUUCUUAUCGAAAUAUAAUGUACAUAUGUACAUACAUACAUAUAUAGAUAUGCGCCAAGAAAGGAUAAGACGAAGCCGUAUGUAUAAUUUAAUUCGUGUAUGUGUUUACUUGGAUAUUUUAGUUCAUAAAUAUAUUAACUUGAAUUCAUUAUUCGUUCUACAUAUGUAUGCAUUUGAGAAAAUAUGUAUGUAUGCUCAAUGCUAAAUAUUCUAGAACAUAUUCUCAAAAUUGCAAUAUACUAUGUAUGUUUAUGUACAUAUAUACAUAUGUAUAUACCUGCAUAUAAUAUGAUAUCUUUGCAGCUUUGAAUAUGUAUAUUUAAUAUCCUCAAUAAUAAAAAAUUCUUCCAAAUUUGGAACUUGAAGAUCCUUCA